AUGGCCGUCCCAGACGUCGAUAUCGCCCCCGCUGAGGGCAUCCCAUACUUCACACCCGCGCAGUCCCCCGCUGCAGGCACAGCCGCGAACCCGCAGACGAGCGGCAAUGCCAUCCCGAAGCUGUAUACGCCGUUGACGGUGCGCGGGGUGACGUUCCAGAAUAGACUUGGUCUCGCACCCCUGUGCCAAUACUCCGCUGAAGACGGACACAUGACAGACUACCACAUCGCACACCUGGGCGGAAUCGCGCAGCGCGGACCAGGGCUCAUGAUGGUUGAAGCUACCGCCGUGACGCCGGAAGGGCGCAUCACGCCGCAGGACGUCGGUCUGUGGAAGGACAGCCAGAUCGCGCCGAUGAAGCGCGUGAUCGACUUCGUGCACUCGCAGAACCAGAAGAUCGGGGUGCAGAUUGCGCAUGCCGGACGCAAGGCGUCGACUAUUGCGCCUUGGAUGAUGAGCCAGGGCGUCAUUGCGACGGAGAAGGUGGGCGGGUGGCCUGAGGGUGUUGUGGGGCCUAGCGACGUGCCCUUUCAUGAGAGUUUCCCUGUUCCCAAGGCCAUGAGUAAAAGUGAUAUCGAGGCGUUUAAGAGCAGUUGGGUGGACGCUGUGAAGAGGGCUGUCAAGGCCGGGGCGGACUUUAUUGAGAUCCAUAAUGCGCACGGGUAUUUGUUGAGUUCGUUCCUGUCGCCGAGUGCGAAUACGCGCAAUGACGAGUAUGGAGGGUCCUUUGAGAAUAGGAUUCGUCUGCCGCUCGAGAUUGCACAGGCGACCCGCGAUGCUGUUGGGCCCGAUACUCCUGUUUUCCUGCGUGUGUCGGCGACGGAUUGGCUCGAGGAGAACCUGCCCGAGCAGAGCUGGAAGCUUGCGGACUCGGUGAAGUUUGCGCAGGCGCUUGCGGAGCAGGGUGCUGUUGAUCUGAUUGAUGUUUCGUCUGGUGGUGUGCAUGCUGAGCAGAAGGUGACGUCUGGGCCGGCGUUCCAGGCUCCUUUCGCUAUUGCUAUUAAGAAGGCUGUUGGUGAUAAGCUUCUUGUCGCGACUGUGGGUGCUAUCACGAAUGGCAGACAGGCGAACCAGCUGCUUGAGCAGGACGGCCUGGAUGUUGCGCUUGUUGGGCGUGGAUUCCAGAAGGACCCUGGUCUUGCUUGGACGUUCGCGCAGCAUGUUGACACCGAGAUCUCGAUGGCGAGUCAGAUCCGGUGGGGAUUCACGAAGCGCGGAGGGACGCCUUAUAUUGAUCCUAAGGCUUAUAAGCAGUCCAUUUUUGAGUAG